UAUAUAAUCCCUGCAACCCACAUUAUUACAAGUUGCCGUAUAGAUCUAAAACUGUACGUAAGCAUAUUUUCAAGCGAAGAAUUAUUAGCAGUAUUAGUUCCGAUUCGUUUAAGCUUUUUUCCUUUUUGUUUUUUGCCGAUGGCGGCAAAGGGUAUGUCUCGUGAAAAUGUUAAAGUUGUUCUGAUUGGUACUCAGUACGUUGAAACCGACCCCGUCAGCUUCAAAUCUGUAGUUCAAAGGCUUACAGGCAAGGAUUGUUGCGUUUCAUGGAUCGAGGAGAGUUCAUUUUCCGGUAUAAAAACCGAAACAAAAGUCCAUGGGAAGGUUGCAGCUGAAAGGCCAUGUGGCACCGCCACUGUAGGCGUCGGCACUGGUGGUGUUCCCUUGUUAACCAAGGGUUUUUCUUUCAAAGACUUGGAUAGAAUGAUCAUGGAAGCGCCACCAAUGGAGGAGUUUAAGUGGUUGUGGGAUGACUAGCAUGUAUAUCUCUGUGUAUAUAUAUUCUGAAUUUUUUACAUAAUUUAUUAAGCUUCGUUAUUUUUCUAAAAGAAUGAUUCUUUUCUUUUAAAAAAUAAAAAAAAUUAAAUGUUUCAUUUA